AUGAAGACCGUCCAACUUGGUGGCACUGCGUCCGACGUGAAGGUUGCACAAAUUGCGCACGGCUUGAUGCACAUGACAUGGAAUCCACUACCCACUCCCGAUGAGCAAUGCUUCGAGGCCAUAAAGGCGGGAAUCGAUGCUCUCCCGGAGGGCACCAAAAUGGUCUUGAACAGCGCCGAAUUCUAUGGUGCGGGAAUGGGUACAGGGAAUCUCGAAAUGCUCUCCCGGUUCUUCGCCAAGUAUCCGCAAUAUGUAGACAAGACGUUCUUGAUGGUCAAAGGUGGAUUCAAUCCCAAAACCUUUGGUCCAGACAGCAGCCCCGACUUCCUCCGCAACAGCGUCGACAUUUGCCAGCGUGCUUUGGGGUCACAGAAGAAGAUCGACGCUUACCAACCAGCACGGGUCGACAGCCGCUUCCCUAUCGAAGACACGAUGAAGGUGUUAGUCGAGCUGAAGAACCAGGGCAAGUUCGGCCACAUCGGUUUGUCUGAGUGCAGCGCUGCGACGAUGCGCAAAGCCCAUGCGGUCCACCCACUCGUAGCGGUGGAGAUAGAAAUCAGCCUUUUCUCCUACGAAGAAGAGACCGGCAAGGUCAUCGCUGCAGCAAACGAACUUGGCGUUGCGGUGUUGGGAUAUUCGCCCCUGGGCCAAGGAGUCCUCGGUGGUUCGCUGAAGAGCAGCGCUGACCUGCCAACGGGCGAUCUGCGACACCAGCUGGCACGUUACAAGGAGGAAGAGCUGAAACACAAUCUCCUGAUCGUUGAAGAACUCACGGGCUUCGCGAAGACAAAGGGAAUUACUGUCGGCCAGCUUUGCAUUGCCUGGGUCGGCGCAUUAAGCCCCAGAAUUAUCCCACUGCCUGGCUCUUCGAAAGCCACUCGAACGCUAGAGAACCUCGCGGUGAGCAAGAUAGAGUUGAGCAAGGAGGACAUCCAGAAAAUCGAUGGCAUUGUAGCCAAGCACGGCGUCAAGGGUGCUCGAGGAUUUGGGGGGCCACCAGAGAAGUCCCAUCUCUGGGGUUGA